ACCGAAAAUUAACCAGCUGUAAGGCGUGGUGGCUUGGCCAGUAGCUAAACCGCCGCAGGAUCGGGGAUCGAGGAUGGCUGGCUGGGGGAAACGCACCUUCACUCCCAACUCCACCUACAGUAGCGGGAACAGCAGGUUCAGCCGCGGCGGCGGAGGAUACGGGAGCCCGUCUUUGGCCCGCGUCGGCUUCGGCAGCGGCUCUGGAGGGUACGGGAGCGGUGGAGGGUACGGCAGUAGUGGAGGAAGAUAUGUGAGCACUGGGGGGUACGAGAGCAGCUCCUCCAGUUACGGAGGUAGUGGAGGAGGAGGAGGAGGAGGAGGAGGAGGAUAUUCUAGUAGCUAUGGCGGCGCCAUGUCACAGUCUUCCAUGCUUCAGAGUGUGAUUCGGAACCUCGUUGACAGUACUGACGAUGAUGAGAGGAUGCAGCAGAAAGCCCGUCUGGAAGACGAUCUCAGCGUGGCUUCAGAGAGACUCGAGACACUCGUCAGAGAGCACAAAGACAAGCUCCACAGCACACUCGAUACAUUUGAAAAGAUUGACUAUCGUGUCAGGGGUAAGAGAUACCGUUAGUGAGAAGGGGGUCAUUCAAUAACUGAUUGAAAAUAGUAAACACAUACUUUGUUGUCUGUGAUUAGCGACAGUUUGGUAUGAGCAGCUUUUCAAAACAUUUGCCAUGUUUGGAGGUUACAAACCUGUGUAUGGGUGAGUCUUUAUCUGUCUGUGUGGUGAAGAUUCGCAGGAAAAGAUUCGAGGGUUGAAGAAGAACCUGCAGUCGUCCAAGAGUCUGCUGCGCUGCAAGCGAGAGAGUUGAAGAGACUGUGGCUGGAGGACGUCCGUUUCAAACACCAGCUAAAGCUCAUCGACACCAUUGAGGAAGUGAAGUCUGUACCGGAGCAGCUGCAACAGUUCAGAGCCAGCAAACACUUCCUCCAUGCCACGGAGCUUGUCAAGAACACAGUCUCUCGUCUCGAGGGAGAACUGGCUGCUAUUGAGGCUCUCAGAGAUCUGCGACAGGAGCUGAUUCAGCAGAAAGGGAGGCUCCACGAGGAGAUGAUAGACGAACUCCACCGUCACCUCUACACGAAGGCCUCGGCCCGGAAGGCCACCCCCAGAGACCAGCAGCAGCCAGCCACAGUGGCAGCUCUUUCCUCCUCUGCCUCCUCCGACAAUCCUGGCUCCUCCUCCCCUCCCCCGUCACGCAGACAAACAGCAGCAACCAGACAGUCUCGCUCAGCAUCAAGGUCACUUGCAAUGGAGAAAGAGAGCACGACAUUCUCACCUCCUCCAACCAUCCCCGAAGACGAGAGUGAGGUGGUGGAGGACUUGACCGGAGAUCCCGAGGAAAACAGCAGUCACUACAUGGCAGUUCUAAUUGAAGCCCUCUCCACCCUGGGGAGAGUCGAAGAGGCUCUAGAUGCUAUAGGGAAUCGUAUGAAGAGAGAGUUUGUGUUGAUAGUGGAGAGGGAGUCCAUCAGAGUCACAAGACAGGAGGAGCAGGAGGCGGGGCCACUGGGCAGGAGAGCACUGAGGGACAACAACCCCAAGCUCCUGCGCAAGCUGCUCUCAAACUGUUUCGCCAAGUUCCACAGCGUCGUGCAGGCCCACACCGUCCUCCUGUCACACCUCCACACGGCCAAGAAGGUCUACAACGGUGAAUACCAGAUCUAUGAGGAGGUGGACGUCUGGCAAGCCAUUCAGCACGUGUUGGAGACGACACUGGAGCAGUACAUUAGCAGCGAGGAGGAAGGGGUCCACCAGGGUGGCUACUCGGCCCUCCAGGGAGCCAGCGACGUCCAGGCCAUGUUUGCCACCAAGAGACGGACGGGGAGGAAGGGGCAUGGCAUACUCUCGUUCCGUUUCGACAGCUCGCGACACGCCAUCAGCAUCAACUCUUACAUGAAGGAGCAGAGAGAUCUGGAGUUGGCCGAGGGAGUUGAGAGGGGCACUGCCAGUGGAGCGGCAAUGGAUCAACAAGCGGUGGUCCAACAUCUGGUCUGCAAGCCCUCCAAGAGAAACAUAACAGUCAUAUUCGGUCCAGUUAGAGAUUUUAUUAAGGAAAUCGAAGCAACUAUGUGUCUACAAGGGAAGCGCUGCAGCCUUCAUCACUUCAUUCACGACUUUGUCAAGCAUCACUUCCUAGACAGCCUCACCUUCGACUGUAACAAGAAACUCGAGAACGCCACCAAAUCUGAGGUGGCCAGAACAACAGCCAGUGACCAGAAGACCUCCAAAAUUGUCGGCUCCAAACAGCAAGUCCUAAAUAGUGUGGUGGUGGUGUGGCAGCUGGUGGAGGACCUGCGGGUGCUGAUGAAGAACCUGUCUCUCUACUCCCCCCACUUCCUGCAGAUCAUGAUCAGCCUCCUCGAGAGAUACCGAGACUCUUGCAACCACAUGUACAGAGAGUUGACUUGGGUCAGUGAAGGGGGAGGAGGGAAGACAGGGGGAGGAGGAGGGGGAGGAGGGAGGACAGGGGGAGGGGCAGACUAUGUCGUCAGCUCAAAAUGGGCCAAAGACCCUGACAUUAACCUCAAGAUCAGGCUGCUGCCGAGCUGGCAGAGGCUGUACGGGAACAGUCCACAUCCGACAGAGGACGAGAGCAAGCUGGUGAUGGAGGAAUCACAGCUGCUCGUGUCCAACCUCGGGCGAGAGUCGCUGCGCAAGUCCAACGUCCUCCUCGACCACAACUCCUUCAAACUGCUCGGAAUCUUGCAAGAGAGCUUGGACUGGUUCAGUGGCCACCUGAAGCACCUGGUGAUGGAGCUGGGAAGGUCGGGGGCCGGCGUCCUCGCCACCGACGGUGCCAAAAUGUCGACGAUGUCGUCGCAGUACUACGAGGAGAGUGUGACGGAGCAGACGGAGGGCGUGCCCCUUGACCUCACAGAGCAGCUGUCGAAGGUCCAGUUUGAUUUCCAGGCUCUGUCGGAGACGACGGUGGUCAUGCUGCAUCUGGAGGUCCGGACUCACUGCUUCUACUACCUCCAACCUGCCCUGCAUAAGGUCCACUACGUGUUUGACCCGGGCAACGUGGGGGAGGACCAACAGGUGAAGCAGCUGGCCUCCGACCUCCGCAGCAUCGAGAUGGUCAUGUCUGCAGUUCUCACGCCAGAGAAACUGAGAUAUCUGUUUGAUGGGCUGGGUCACUUGGUCGCUUCCAUUUUCAUCGGGAGUACCUUUUUCAUGCGCAAGAUCAGCACUCACGGAAUCAAGAAAAUGUGCCGCAACAUUUCGGUUCUGCAGUCGUGUCUGUCAAAGAUCACCCUCAUUCGUGAGAAGGACCUAGACCGGGCCAGAAGAUACUACGAGAUGCUCUAUCUCAACGACGAGGAGAUCCUCCACCAGAUGUACGAGCAGGGGGCCCAGUUCUCGCUCCAGGACUAUAGCAACGCUUUCAAACUGUUGGCCCACAGCCAGCCAGUGUUUGAGGCAGACAAUCUGCAAGCAAGGCUACAAGCCCUAAACACCUUCUUCUCAAAAGACAGCGUAUAAUCAACUGCCAUUGAUGUAUUAUAUAGCUCCCACCCAUCAUUGCCAACCACAUAUGUAUAAUAUAUAAAGUAUAGAAGUAAAAUGCCUGUAAUUGGGUGAGCAAAGUGAUCCCACCUGGUCAUAUAUAGUGUGGCAGUUUUAAUACCGUGAUGUUAUCUAACUGUUCGUUGAGCCAGUGAAAUUUCUC